AGAGCAAAAAAGAGUUUAGAAAAUGUAUGUCGUUUUUCUAUAAAAAGGAUAAGCCGCAAGGAGGCAAAAGACAACGCUUUUUGUCUUAUCUCAAAUCUUUUGUUCACUCACCCCAUCAUAACUUCAUAACUCCUAUCCAAUCUUUGCUUAUAACUAUUAUCAAACAAUUCUUAACUUCGAUCUCUAACCUGCAAAAACAUUCAUUACACUCUUCAGAUCCUCCUUCCCUUUAGCCGCCAAAGCAAAACCGUCAUCGAUCUCUCUUCUUUUAUACAGUCAAAAAUUAGAUUCAGAUUCUUCAAGAACUCUGUUUUUCUAGUAGCAUGGUGUGUUUGGUCUCCCGUACGGGUCGUCAAUCCCAAAGAUACAACAAGGGACGGCGUCAAGUCGUCGGGUGUAUUCCAUACAGACUCAAGAUUUCGAGUGAUGGCACAAUUAGCGACGAAUUUGAGGUUCUUGUUAUUUCAUCACAAAAGGGUCACGCUCUGAUGUUCCCAAAGGGUGGUUGGGAGCUUGAUGAAUCUGUAGAAGAAGCUGCGUCAAGAGAAUCUCUAGAAGAAGCUGGAGUUGUUGGAAACGUUGAGAGACAACUUGGAAAAUGGGAUUUCUUAAGCAAAAGCAAAGGAACAUUCUAUGAAGGAUUCAUGUUCCCAAUGCUUGUGAAAGAAGAGCUUGAGCUUUGGCCUGAACAACAUCUUCGUCAAAGAAUUUGGAUGAAAGUUGAUGAAGCAAGAGACGCUUGUAGAGAUUGGUGGAUGAAGGAAGCGUUAGAUGUUUUGGUCCAAAGGCUUUCUUUACUAUCAUUGAAGCCUAUGGAAGAAGACGAGAACCUUCCACUGAUCUCUAUCUACUGAUCAAAAAAAAAACAAUCAGACGUGUUCUUGAUCACUUUGUAUAUAACAUCUUACGCCUGCCUUUCCAUGAAGAGUCUACUCUACUGCUGCAGGAAAAGUAUGUACAGUGAAACUUUAGGUGUGAACUUGGCCGAGAUUUGUUUGGAUUUCGGUUUGGUUUAACAAAAAGGUUUUGUAAUUGUUGUCAUGAUGUAUCCGCAACUGCUUAGGAUGGGAGGAAGAAGACAGAAGCAAAGAGUGCAAACAAAAAACUGUACAAUAACGUUUCCUCUCUUUGCAUCUCUCCUCAUCUUCAAAUGAAUCUAUGAUCUAAAUGAAACUAAUAAAGAGAAUUUACAGAAAAUCAUAUUCACAAGACUAUUAUACAACUUAAUUCUGUUUUCUUAACUGCAUAUAUUUGUUAUUUUGAAUUUCAUGAUAAGUUAAAAAAGAAAAAAAGAACCCAACAGCUACUAAAUACGAAUAUAUGCUAUUU